CAGAGCCAAAAUGCCUCAAAUCGAGUUUUACUACUUCGGCGACUUCAAGGCCCUGGGCGAGUCAAUCCGCAUGCUGCUCGCGUACGGCGGCGAGGACUGGAAGGACAACAGGGUCACGCUUGAAGACUGGCCCAACUUCAAGCCUAAAACCCCAUUCGGCCAGAUGCCAGUGAUGGUGGUUGAGGGCAAGCAGUACGCGCAGAGCAUACCCAUCUCCCGUUACCUCGGCCGCAAGCACGGCCUGGCAGGAUCCAACAUCGAGGAGGACUUCCUUAUUGAUCAGAACGUUGAAUUCAUCAACGAAAUCAGAACUAAAUCAGCACAAGUUGAAUACGAGCCCGACGCGGCCCUGAAGGCCAAAAAGCACGAGGACUACUCCAAGAACGUGUACCCUGGCAUGCUGGCCAAGCUCGACCAGAUCCUCAAGGAGAACAAGGGACACCUCGCGCUAGGCAAGCUGACCUGGGGCGACUUCGUUUUUGCGGGCAUCUACGAAUACCUUAAGGUGAUGCUGCAGGCCCCCGACCUUGACAAGCGCUACCCCGCCUUCAAAAAACUCGUGCAGACCGUCUAUUCCCUCCCCAAGGUCAAGGUCUACGCUGACGCCGCGCCCGAGACCGAAUAUUAAGGGUCGGUUGCACUAAACCGU